UGACCGGGUCGGUUCCUCGGAGUUCAGUUAGCAGCAGCUAACAGCUAGCGCCGAUUCCUCGGAGGUUACCUACGGAGGGGAACCAGACCCGACCCGAGCCGUUCACCACUCCCGCCCCACAGCCUCCAGCCUGCGCUGCUGCUCUCUCUGACCCGGUUCCGACCCGCUCCUGUCCGGCUCCGGUAGUUACGGUGGGAACAUGUCUGCAGUUCAGCGGAUGAAGGUGGCCAACGAGCGGCACAGCAAGACGAUCACACAGCGAGGACACGUCCAGAAAACCUCGAGGCCGGUGAACGAGGACAAGUCUCCGGUGGGCCCCUGGCUGCUGGCGCUCUUCGUCUUCGUGGUUUGUGGAUCAGCCAUCUUCCAGAUCAUCCAGAGCAUCCGACAGGGCAUGUGAUGACCUCUGACCCAGAGCCAAGCCUGCCUUCAUCACCCCACCCUACACACACACACACACACACACACACACACACACGGGCCUUUCUGACUUUGUGGGGAUUGUAAAUUAUUGGUCCCCAUAAACCUGAACUCUGAAGUCUGGGCUGGACACUGGGUCACUGUGAAGACGUGUCCCCACCGUGAAGACGUGUCCUUACCGUGAAGCUGUGAACCUGACGGGAACAUGUGUCUCCAGAUGUUUCCCCUGAUCAGAGACGUGUCCUCACAGUGAAGAAGCAUUCCAGUUGUGGACACAUGUCCUCAGUGUAACGACAUGUGUCCACAGCUGUCCUGCUGAUGUGUCCUUGUAUCCCUGAUUGUCCUCAUGUUGCUGAGUUAGAGCCCUGGUCCCUACGGAGGCAGAAAGACCAGAACACACACACACACACACGUUCCUGUGGAGUUAAACUCAUUUCUCUUCCUUCUGUUACUACAGAAUAUUGUUUUUUAUUAUUAUUAUUAUUUUCUGCACUGCUGCUGGUGAUGAACCGAUGGAGUUACUGGUAUCUGAUGAAGUCUUAACUGUUUUCCUUCCAGUCGUCCAGCUGCCUGCUGCUGAUUUAAAGGGAGAUUCUGUUGUUUCUGAACCCAGAGAAGCUUUGAUUGGUCCCUCAGAGUUCAGAGUCACCAUUGGUGAUAAUUAUUUAAAGAUAUUUAUGAAGAGUGCAGUCCCUGAAAGCCAUAACGCUGAUGUUUCAGCAGAGGAUCAGAAAAACGGGGCCAGUUGUUUACCGCUCUCUGUUAAGCUGUGACCGUUAACACUCCCUCUGUAUUUCACAAUAAAAGCACAGCACGCUCUGUCUGCUGGCAUAAUGUGACUCAACCGGAACAGAAGCUGGUUGCUGGUUGAGUCGGUUUCCGUGGCGAUAAGCAGGAUUUCUCUUUAAUGCUCUGGAAACAGCAGCUUUAGCUCUGCCUCCAUCUCUGAUCUGCAGGAAGUGAAUUUUACUGUAAAACUGAUGACAACAAGCUCCCUGCUGCAGCUGUGUUUAUGUCCCCCCCUGCUGGACGAUUUCUCCACUUUUAUA